AUGGAAUGUAAAACUGCGAUUUCUGCUUUCUCUCAGCUUGCAGGUGAAAGCUUAUGUGAAUCUUGGGAGAGAUUUAAAUCUUUGUUGAGGAAAUGCCCGAACCAUGAAUUUGAUGCAAGGUCCCAAAUCCAUAUCUUUCGAAAGGGCUUACAGCAACCAACUAGGCAGAUUCUGGACGCAACGUCCGGUGGUUCUUUAAUGGCUAAGUCACCCACUGAAGCCAUUCAAAUCAUUGAAGCGAUGGCCUUAAAUGAUCAACAAGAUCAACACAACCGAGGUCCACCCAGAAGAGGAGGAAUGAUUGAGCUUGGAGCAACAGAUGUUGUGUUAGCUCAAAACAAGCAGCUCCAACAACAACUGGACGAAGUAAAGAAAACACUGACAAAUCUGCCCAAACAGCUUAAGGAGAUGCAAGAAUCAUCUUCCAGAAGACAGGUAAAUAGGUGUGAUGUUUGUAUAGGUGACCACCCUACUAGUGGUUGUGACCAGAAUCAAGAAGAAGUGAAUUACUUGGGUAAUCAGCAAAGACAAGGCCAAUAUCAAAAUGCUUAUCCAAGGGGAGGAAAUCAAUAUAACAACAGCAGCCAACCCUGGAGACAAGAUGCAGGGCCUUCUAGCAGCAGAGCACCACCAUCCUACCAAAAUCAACAACACUUUCAGCCGCUCCAAGAUCGGACUUCCAAAUUGGAGGAUACACUAACUCAAUUUAUGCAGGUUUCUAUGUCCAAUCAGAAAAAUACUGAUGCAUCCAUUAAAAAUUUGGAAGUACAGGUUGGACAAAUAGCUAAACAGUUGACUCAGAUGACUACUGAACAAAAAGGGAAGUUUCACGCCAGCACUGAAGACAAUCCUAAGGAGCACUGCAAGGCGAUCUUCACAAGGAGUGGAAAAGAGGUUGGUAGAGGAGUUGGUGAGAAAGUGAGUGAGAAAGAGGAUAGUGAUGAAGAAAAAGAGCAAAAACAUGAUAGUGAAGAUAUUGAGAGAGAGGUGCUAAAAAAUAAGAGUGACAGUGUAAAUAGGCAAGAAAAGAGUGAUAAAGAGAAAACCAAAGAAAAAGGUAAGGUACAGGUAGGUGAGAGUGGAGAGGAAAGCAAACUUGGAGGGAAAGAGAAUGAACUGAAAAACAAAGAGAAAGUAACCCUAAAACCUCCCCUAGAGAAGAGACUUCCAUACCUACAUGCUCCUACCAAAGCAGAUAAAGAAAGGCAAUUCACUCGUUUCAUGGAUAUCUUCAAGAGGCUCCAGAUCAACAUCCCAUUUGCAGAAGCUUUGGAGCAAAUGCCGACUUACGCAAAAUUCAUGAAAGAGUUGCUGACAAAGAAAAGAAAGUUUCAAGAUGAAGAAGUGGUGCAUUUGGGUGCUCAUUGCAGUUCAUUCAUUCAACAUUUCAUCCCUGAGAAGUUGGAUGAUCCUGGCAAUGUCACGAUUCAAGUCACCAUUGGCACACUAGCAGUGGGAAAAGCUCUAAUCGAUUUGGGGGCGAGUAUCAGCCUUAUGCCACUUUCAAUUAUGAAAAGAGCAGGUGGUAUGGAGCUUAGGCCAACCAGAAUGUCUUUACAACUUGCAGAUAGAUCAAUCAAAUAUCCAGUUGGCAUAGCAGAGGAUGUACUGGUAAGAGUUGAUAAAUUUUUAAUUCCCGCUGACUUUGCUGUUAUUGAUAUUCCAGAGGAUGAAGAAGUUCCAAUCAUUUUGGGAAGACCUUUUAUGAGGACAGCAAGAAUGGCUAUUGACAUGGACAUUGGAAAGCUGAAAGUGAGAGUCCAAGAUGAUGAAGUUCAAUUUGAUCUCUAUGAGGCUAUCCAACAUCCAAAGGACAAAGGACAAUGUUUCAAAAUUGAUAUAAUUGAUGAAGUUUGCAGAGAAGCAGAUAAGAAACCUUAUGUGUUUGAUCCUUUGGAGGUGGCCCUCAUCAACAUGUGUUGUUGCUCACAGUUCAAUGAUUUGGAGGAAAAAGAAAUUGAGAAGUGUUUGGAGGAACUUAAUCUUUUGAAGGAAAUACCCCCUGAACAAGUAGUAGUGGAGAAUAUCAAGAAGGAGGAACCAGUGGAAGCUGAUAUAAAGAAGGCUGAUCAGAAACUGGAGCUAAAACUCUUACCCUCUCAUUUAAAAUAUGUGUUUUUGCAGGGUGAAACAGGUAAACCAGUGAUCAUUAGCAGUUCUCUAUCAAGCUGA